GUACGAUAUGGCGGGCUGUAUUCUAGUGAAAAUUUAGGAUUAAGGACCUGCCCGAAACGCUAUACGUGCUAGUUGCUUUACAAGAAUGUAAAAACUCUUGUAUAUAUAUAAAAAAGAAAGAGACCACGGGCUGCUUGUGACAUAUUUUCCGCUUUUGUUUUAUUUUCAUCCGCCUACAUAACGCCCACACAUCCUGCUUCUGGGUUCAAGUGGAGCGGUAUCGCAGUGAACAACAUUAUUUAUAAAUCUAACAAUAUGGAUACUGAGAGGAAACCAGUUCUUCAUAUUGAGAUUCUCAAAAGGAGGAGUGCCUUCAGCCACAGAAGCCUUAUUGAAGAUGUAGACAGCUUUCUUCAAGAGAAAAGGAAUAUUAGCACUGAUAGCAUCAUUAAAGAAUUUGCUAAGUCUUCAUUGCAUGAACAUUUAAUUCACAUUAGAAUAUGUGAAAUUGACUCUGCUUCUGACACAAAGCAUAUAGAUAUAUCAACGGUUCAACCAAAAUAUUAUAUAUAUCAACUAGAGUGUUAUGGGCCAGGCAUUGAGGAGCUGAAUGAGGGGGAAGAUGACAUUCCUGCAGCUACUCAUUGGAUGUUACCUGCUACUGAGUUUGAGGAUCUGUGGGAGAACCUUAUAUAUGACAUGCCAAUUAAAGAACAGAUGCUGAAAUUUGUUCGAACAGCCCUGUUAUUUUCUGACAAAGGAAUGAAUAAGAGCAUUAUAUCCUGGAACAAGGUUAUACUCCUUCACGGUCCACCAGGAACUGGAAAAACCUCUCUCUGCAAGGCCUUGGCUCAGAAAUUGAGCAUUAGACUGGACUCAAGAUACAAGUAUGCCCAGUUAGUGGAGAUAAAUUCCCAUUCUCUCUUUUCCAAAUGGUUUUCUGAGAGUGGCAAGCUGGUUCAGAAGAUGUUCACCAAAAUCACAGACUUAGCAGAUGAUCAUCAUUUAUUAUUGAUAGUGCUUAUUGAUGAAGUGGAAAGUCUAACCCGCGCUCGUGAAUCGUCUACAAGUGGCUCGGAUCCAAGUGAUGCAGUCCGUGUUGUUAAUGCUGUCCUUACACAACUUGAUCAGAUUAAUAAGUACCCAAAUGUCCUCAUUGUCACCACGUCCAAUAUAUCCGGCACAAUUGAUUUAGCAUUUGUGGACCGCGCAGAUAUAAAGCAGUACAUAGGGCUACCCUCUCGAGCCGCUAUAUAUCAGAUCUACUAUUCCUGUAUCACUGAAAUGAAAAGGACUGGCAUCAUUGCUGACAGUGAAAUGAUUUUUACUCUACGCGAGCUAGAAACUACAAAUAUGAUUGUCAAGGAUGUAACGAAGUCAUCACUACUACUAUGGGAGAUAUCUGGACAAAGCUUGGGAUUUAGUGGACGUACACUGAGAAAGAUACCGUUUCUUGCUCAUGCUCUUUAUGCCGAGGCACCAGUUGUCUCAUUACCUAGUUUCUUGACUGCGAUGCAGAUGGCUGUUGAGAAGCAGAAGCAAGACAGAUUAGAAAUGCCUACAGUAUCAUGAUUAGUCACCAGAAUAGUUCAUUUUAUAUACAGUAUAAUAUAUUUUUUACUAGAUUUUGGAAUAUAUUUUUGACAGUAAUAUACAAUAUAAUUAUACGGAUGGUUUUGUUACGUGUAGCAAAUUUAAAUAUUUGUAAGUUAUGAUGUAUUUUGUUACCGAGUUUGAGGUACAGUAUUUUAAUUGUCUUUAAAUGUGAAUAUAGUACUGUACUGUACUAUAUUGAAAUUUGACUUCACUAAUUAAAUUGUGUAUUAGUCACAGUUUUGUAUUUUUUCUUAGCCAAAGUGCUAACUCUGAAUUGUUAGCGUUUUCAAAUUACAGACUUUAGUUUUUAUACAUUGUAAUUGUCAAAAUGAUUGAAUUGAUUUACAUAAUGUAUUUCACCUAAUUUAUAAAUUAUGGUUAUAUUAGUUACCGAUGGAAACAAAAAUUUUUAAUGUGUAAAUAUAAAAAUAUAAAUACUGUGCACA